UCGCCCUGCAGACGGUGGCCUACAGCAUCCUGUGGGACCUCAAGUUCCUCAUGAGGAACCUGGCUCUGAGCGGGGGUCUCCUGCUGCUCCUGGCGGAGGGUCGAGGGGAGGCGCGCACCGUGUUCGCAGGAGUUCCUUCUCUCGGCCAUCAGAGUUCCCCGAAGAACCUCCUGCAGCUCGGAGGCCGAGUCCUCCUGGUCCUCAUGUUCAUGACGCUGCUGCACUUCGAUCUCAGCCUCUUCAGCGUCCUGCAGAACCUGGUGGGGACGGCCCUCAUCGUGCUGGUGGCGGUGGGCUUCAAGACGAAGCUGGCGGCUCUGACUCUGGUCGCCUGGCUGCUCUGCAUCAACUUCACCUUCAACGCCUUCUGGAGCAUCCCGUCGUACAAACCCAUGCACGACUUCCUCAAGUACGACUUCUUCCAGACCACGUCGGUGAUCGGAGGCCUGCUGCUGGUGGUGGCCCUGGGGCCCGGGGGGGUCUCCAUGGACGAGAAGAAGAAGGAGUGGUGAGGAAGAGCGGGGGCGAGGAAGCUGAGUCUCCGUGGACGAAGACGAACUGAUGACCGCCUGUUCGCAGGCUCGGUUUGUUUUCAGUAGCAGAUCAUGCUUCAGGCUUUUAUUUUGAAAAAUCUUCAUAAUUCUUUUCUGCAAGAAUUAUAGACGAACAGUCAACAAGAAAACAACAUGCGUAUUAUCAGAUUUAAGCACAUUUAGAAAUAUAUAUAUAUUUACAUAUAAAUAUUAUAACUUUUUUUAAAACCUCUGUGGCUGCAGGGUGGUGGAUACUUCCUGGGCGGCUGCAGCUUCGUAAAGACGUCACAUUCUGCUCAUCCUCAUGUUCCUCACUUUAUUUAUUUAGCUCGUACCAGAACAGGUUUACAUGGUGUCGCUGUCAUCCUGCACGUGGCUGCAGCUCCUCUUUUCUGUGUUGAACGCGAAGCAUCUCACUUCUAGUAGAUCUUUGUUUGGAGCUGCACAUGUGCAGUACCUCCGGUGAGGACGACUAGCCAAUCAGAAGCAGAGUAGGGCGGGUCCUGACCAGCAGUAAGGUAGUCGUUAGGCGAGCGUCGUGCUGCGCAGGUUAGAGAAGGAAAGGCUGUGUUGAGUUCAGGAGCAGAGUUUUCUGUGGGAGAUGGGAACUUUUUCACUUUGCAAACCUGUUACAUGCAUAAGAAAAGAUCUAUAACCCAAUAAAGCAGAGAGCAGAAGCAGAGUGUGACCUCUUUAAAGCGACUGAUGCCAGCUGUGGGAGGGAAUUGAAUAUUUAAUCUGCCGUACUUCAUGAUAUAAAUGAGUUUGAACUGAUUUACAUUAGUUUGAAUUAGUUUCAGCUUGACUUUUUGAAGGAAGACUAACAGACCUGUUUCAGCUCGGGACGCACCGAAGUGAAAGCCGAAACCAAAUAUAAUGAAAAACUUUCCUGAACAUGUACUUUCACAUUUUUUUUCAUUUAUUUAAAAAAAAAAAAAUUUCCACUGCAUAAAUUAAAUAGUCAAAAUGAGCUUUUCCCUCACAGGGUGUGGAGAGACUAUUCACUUACCGUAAAGGCUUGAAUACGUGUGCACUCUUAAUCUAGGCGCGGCUAGCUUAAUCUCCUUCUCACAGACAGAAACACUCAGACGUGCUGGAGACAAUUCAGGCGUCUGCAAACGGUUUCCACGCUGCCAACAUGGCAACGGGACUGUUUGGUCGAAUCUAUUCGCUCUUUUGACUCAUCAGGCCGAACGCACAAAGAGCUAUUUCUGGUUGAUAACUGUUGCGGCUGAACAUUCGGUGCCUCCCUAGUUUCAGUUUGAUUCGUCUCCGUCGUCGUGGACUUUCAGCCUCACUUCACCUCCACAGUUUCUAACGGCUGCUGCAGACUGGAAACCCGUGACAUCAUCACACCUGAACAAACCGGUUCUGUCUGGUUCCACCUGCAGACCUCUGUAAGUGAGUGUUGCAGGUUUUGCGUACAUGUGAGACCAGCUCUGCUCAAAACCACGCGCUGAUAUUUACCCCCCAACUCGACCAAUCAGAGUUCCCCUGCGUGUCACAUGAUGUGUGUCUUAAUGUUUUCCAGACAGAAAUAUCCUGUUAUCUAGAUUCUAAUGAAGCUUCACAGGGAGACGCUGUGCUGACGGAGGCGGUCCAGCAGGUGGAGCUGCUUCUCCAUAAAUCUGCUCCACACUCAGACUGAAGCAUGAACUCUGAUGCUUUUUGUGUCUCGGUGUGGACGGCGUCUCUGUGUCUCUGAGUAUCUGUAAAGUUGUGACAAAGUGAACUAAUUUUCUAUCGUGUGUUUUUGUAGAAGAUGUUUAAUAAAUCAGUGCAGCAUUG